GCGACGCGACGCGAGGAUGGCGGUUGGCGGCGGCCGCGCGGCUGCCGUCCGCUGUCGGUCCUCACCGGCGAAGGGCCGUCGCCGCCGGCCGUGCGUCACCGGGCUGGCCUUGGGCCUGCUGUCCGUCUUCUGCACCGGCGGCGGGGUUGUGAACGGGACAUACUUAAACGAUCUGUUUCCGUAUUACCCUUUGGAACAUGGCUCACGGCAUGCUCAUCGAUACAUCAGAGAUUUCCAGCCUGUAAUAUUUGGGAACGUUACACAUGAGACGUGGCCUGCAGAUAAAUCCACUGAUCUUCCGGUUGCUCAAUCGACUGUGUUCGUGUCAAAGUUUCACACCAACGAGGGAAAGCCUAAAACAGUCACCGGCUACUUCACCUUUGUGAAUAGUCCACUGAAAACCGUCUCCAUUUUGGAACCACUGAAACCUGGAGGGUGCAGUCACCCGUACAUUGCAACAGUGCAAGAAUCCGCAAGAUCCAGGAAGUGUUUAGUGGCACAAAAUGGUGGCUUCUUUGACACAGACACGGGACGGUGCUUGGGUAAUGUUGUGAGUGAUGGAAAACUCGUACAAAACGCAAUGGGAAUUCAAAAUGCACAAUUUGGAAUCAAGAAGGAUGGCACUUUAGUAUUUGGAUAUCUAUCGGAGGCGGAUGUCCUGGAUAAAGAGAAUCCAUUUGUUCAACUGGUGAGUGGGGUAGUAUGGCUCCUGCGAAAUGGCACAGUUUAUGUUAAUGAGAGCCAAACAGCUGAGUUUUCAGGCGCUCAGGAAACAGGAUCUUUUGAAUACUUUAUUAAUGUGGUAUCUGCACGAACUGCUGUAGGACAUGAUAAAUACGGGAGGCUCAUUUUAUUCCACGUUGAUGGGCAGACUGGCGACAGGGGGCUAAGUCUCUGGGAGGUUGCCACAUUUUUAAAGAGCCAAGGGGUUAUUAACGCCAUUAAUUUGGAUGGAGGGGGAUCGUCUACUCUGAUAUUGAAUGGAACACUUGCAAGCUAUCCUUCUGAUCACUGUUCAAGUGAUCCCAUGUGGCGGUGUCCUCGAGCUGUUUCCACCAUCGUGUGCGUUCACGAGCCUGAAUGUAUACCUGCUGACUGCAGCGGACAUGGGGAAUGUGUACUCGGAGAUUGCCACUGCAAAGGUGUUUGGUCAGGAGCAGCAUGCAACCUGCUUAAUUGUGGAUCUUUAAACUGCACUGUUCAUGGAAUCUGCUCUGAGGAUGGGUGCCUGUGUGACGCUGGAUGGAUAGGAGCCAACUGUACAGAUGUGUGCCCUCUUGACUUCUAUGGAGAUGGCUGUAGGCAAAAAUGCCACUGCAUGAAGGGUGGGAUUUGUGAUCCUGUUAGUGGAGCCUGUACUUGCCAGCCAGGCUCCCAUGGAGAGUUCUGUGAACAAGAAUGCUCCCUUGGAUGGUAUGGGUGGAAAUGCCAGCAGUCUUGCCACUGCCAUAAUAUGUGCCCCUGCCACCCAGUGACUGGUAGCUGUAACAUCACCCAUGAUUCUAGAUAUAAUGACUCUUUGUACAGAGUGCGUCAAUGUGUAGCUUCAGAGAAGUCUGAAAUCUGGAAAAACAAACAUGGUUUUGAAGAAGAUUUACACUUACUCAAACAGAAAAGUUGGCUGAUCAUGACAAUCACCCUCCUCGUCUUCCUGUUACUGAGUGCGGCGGGAAAUCUUUUCCAAUUUUGCCAAAGAAAUGGAUUCCACGGCGAGUAUUCCUAUCAAAGACUAAAAGAAUUCAACGGGCAAUUAAGUUGUGUUGACAUUCCCGAAAUAACCCCUUUGAAACAGAAUGAAACGUCGUUUGAAGAGGACGACGGGAAUUCGGAAUCUAUGAAUUUUUAGCAACAUUUGCACUUCCAUACCAAUGUGGUCUUUUUGCUGCCUUGUUCUACUUUUGCCAAAGCAGCUGAAUUUUUUCAAUUAAAAGAAAAUGGGGAAACUUGAAUAGAUUUCACGUGAAUUACGCUCUCUGUUGAAGGUCAUCACCCUCAGGUAUUGCAGCACCGUGUAAACCAAAUAUACUAAUGUGGAAGAGUGUAACUAUGUGCAAGUAUACUUCAAGUAUACCCAGUAUACUUCAUGUGCAGAGUUGCCAAGUUGAAGACAGUGAUGAUUUGAAUGUUGUCCUCUUGACAUAUUUGUAUCCGCCUUUUCAUUUCUACCUUAACAUACUUCCUUUCCCUCCAGACCCACCAGCCUCCCAGAAUGACCAGUGCAAAUACAAAGACGAGGGUUGCAGCCAUUGAGAUGUGAACUUUGUAAGACGUUAAGGGGAACUGAUAGGCUAUCAACUACUUGACUUGUUGGUCAGCAAGUCUGGACUAAAAUUCGGAGCCAGUCUUGUUUGGAAUGAGGUUAGGAAUACUUAUUAACAUGCAAAGAAUGGUGGAAGUUUAAUCUUCCACAGACAAAACUAAUGCUUAGUCAGCUGUUAAUUUAUAUACACGAUAAAAGUAUUCUUUGUUGACCAAAGCUGUAUAGGCAAUUGGGGCACUGAUUAUUAGGGCACCUACGCAAGGGAGCAAUGAAAUUAGAUGAAAACUGUGCAUUUUUGAACAUUUAGGCACUUCUUAUUUGUAGUUUAGGUGUAUUUGUGCUUUACAACUCUUUGCGCAAUCAUUUGACCUGAUCCAAAGAAAAUGAAAAUCAACUUAAUACAUCAUGUGUAAAUUGGGACAAAAUAUUCUAUUAAGACUUGGUAAUGAAUGAAUGAAUGAAUAAGUUUAUUGACUAAGUAUUCACAUACAAGGAAUUUGCCUUGGUGCUCCUCCACGCAAGUGACAACAUGACAUAGUGCCAGUGAGGAA